UGUAAACAUUGCUCGGCCUCGCUUGACGGGAAGGCGAGGAAGGAGGAAGUUGACCGAUUGAUUGAUAGUUUAUUGUUGCAAGUAAAGAACAAAGGAGAAGGGAGGAAGUUAAACCAGCAGACCCAUAAAACACUCCAGAAGAAGAGGAAAUCUGAUAAUAAGGAAGAGGAAAGAAAACAGAGAGAAGAAGAGAAAGAGGAAGAUUAAACACCAAUACACCCAAGUGAACAGAUAGAGAAGAAUGCGGUUUCAGGUUAGAAAAUAACAUAAUACUGAAAAGGAACGAGAGGAGGACGACCUGAGAAGCGGUACAAAGCGUUACAGGUCAAAAGAAGAAAGAAAGAAGAAGGAGAGAGGGAUUCACAGCAAAGCAGGUCACAAGGAAAUGGAGAAGGAGGUCACUGCAUGGAGUCAAUAACAGCUUUUUAAGUAUCACAGAGCGGGACUUUGUUUUACCAAGCUGGUCUCUGAGACAGCACAGCACGAUGGCGGAGAGCGACCGAUGGCUGACGGCCCACCAUGACCCCCUGGCUGCCCUCUACACCUUCAGCUCCUGCAUGGCCCUGGCUGACCUGCACGGUGAUGGUGAGGCAAAGUUGGUCAUCGCGGACCUUGGCACCGGGGCAUACAACAUGAAGCUCAAGGUGUACAAAGGGACGAACCUGAUGUCGGAGAACACCUUAAUUGACCUUCCUACAGGUGUCAUUACCUUCCACAUGGACACCACAGAGCCAAGAGUGCCAGCUGUUGCUGUGGCAUCUGGCAGCUACAUCUACAUCUACAAGAACCUUCGCCCAUACUUCAAGUUCACGCUGCCCACGCUAGAAGUCAACCCCACUGAGUUUGAUGCGUGGAGUCAGGCCAGGGAUGAGCUGCUGGACGUGAGCAUGCUGUACGAGAUCCUUGACUCGCUGCGGCAGGAGGUGGGGGAGUGCGGCCUGACCACACGUUCCCAGCGGUUCCUCAUGUGCCCCGACCACACCAGCCAGACCACCUUCCUGGACCAGCACAAGGGGUUCCUGCUCAAGCGACAGACCGUGGUGACCUGCUUCUCGACCCUCAAGAAGUCCCACGCUGAGGACGAUGCCAUCUCCUGCCUGGUGCUGGGGACGGAGAGCGCCAACAUCUUCAUCCUGGACCCGGAGGCCUUCACCAUCCUCAACAGUAUGAGCCUGCCCAGCGUGCCCGUCUUCCUCUCAGUGACGGGGCUGUACGAUGUGGAGUACCGCAUCAUCGUGGCAUGUCGCAACGGCCAGAUCUACACCCUCAAGCGCGGCACCAAGAUCGGCAGACCCACGGCCGAGCUAACGUCUCAGCCCGUGGGUCUGAUACGCCGGGACAAGAAUAUCAUUGUUGCAACCAUGGACCACCACCUGCACUCCUUCAACAACAAGGGCAAGCGUAUGUGGUGCCUGAAGCUGCCUGGCGGUGUGCUGUGCCUGGAGUGCCUGGAGGUGCGCACUCUUGGCCUGACACUGGUGGCACUCGCGCUGAAUGACAACCGCGUGCUUAUCUACCGCGACAAACACCUCGUGGACACCAUUCUCACCGAGGACCGCGUGGCCGCCAUGAGGUUCGGACGCUUCGGACGAGAGGACAACACAUUGGUGAUGGUGAUGAAGGGUGGCGGUCUUAUGGUGAAGAUCCUGAAGCGGACGGCGCGUUUCAACAUCGAGGACACGGACGGACCAGCUCAGGCCGCGGCGGUGAAACUCAACAUCCCCAAGAAGACCAAGCUGUUCGUGGACCAGACCAUGCGGGAGAGGGAGAACUGCGUGUUGAUGCAUAGGGUCUUCCAGCAUGACCUCUACCGUCUGCGACUCAGUACCGCCCGCGCCUACGUUCACGCCCUGGAGACAAGCAGCAACCCCGUCUCCCUCACGCAGACCGAACCACUCAAGCUCUCCGCCCAGGUUCUGGGGUUGGGUCCGACCUUCAAGCUGCGUGUUGAGCUGCAGAACACCUCCUCCUCCUACCCGUCCCUCCAGCUGGCCGUCAUCUUCCACUGUGACGACCGCGUGUACAGCGUCAACAAGUCAUACAUACAGAUCCCCAUACUAGUCCCCGGCAUCGUUCACGUGGCGGAGACGCUGGUAACGUGCGUGUCGGAGCUGGGCAUCGCGGACACGGUACGGGUGUUCGUUGUGAAGGGCAAGGCCACCCGCCCGCUGCUCACCGCUGUCAUCAACAUGCCUGUGGCCGAGGUGUUCAUGGCAGGCUAAGGGGGUUUGGCGGGGGUAGGUUAGUAGGAGAUUGUCUGAGUUGAUAGGUACAGACAGGUACGUAGGUAAGAUAUCAGUAAGUGAGGUACAGACAGGUAUGUAGGUAAGAUAUCAGUAAGUGGGUAGGUAGGUACUUGAUAGAUAGUUAGGCAGGUAAGUUGAUACAUAGGUAGGCUGGUUGGUAAGGUGAUAGGUAAGUAGGAAGGUUAGUACAUUGAUGGGUUGGUAAAUAAGUUGAUAGGCAGGGAGUUAGGUAAGUUGAUUUAAAGGUAGGUAAGUAGAUCAGUGAAUAGGUAAAUAGGCAGGUAGGUUAGGUGAUAAUUAAGUAAGUAGGCAGGUAAGUUGGUCAUUUAAUAGGCUUACAGUUAGGUAGGUUAGUAUAGACAGUUUCCCUAAUACACUUUCUGUGGGUGAUGCAAGCAACAUAUUCUAGUCCAUAUAUACUCAGGUGAAGAGGAUGACACACACUACCACCAGGGUCACUAAACUACCCCUUGUUAGGAAUUAAGGUUGGUUUUUUUUUUUACUGUUUUCAGACCCUUUCACAUCUCACAUCAACUAUUACUAAAAGUUAAAGAGGGGAUCAAUCGGGUUCUAUUGAGUGCAUAUUCAGGUUCAUGGUACAGAAGAGGAGUCAGACUACCAUAAAACUCAUAAAACUACCCCUGGAAAUGCCCCAAACUCCUACGAAAACCGUGUCAACUAUGUGUGUUUGUGCUGCGAAAUGUUUAAAAAUAUGGGCGUAAGGGUUGUUCGGGAAGUAGGGUUAGUCUAGUAGCGAAACGGAGCAGUCGAAUCAGCAGUUAUGAUUCGAAUGUUCUAGAAUCCGAAAGAGACAAGUUGACGUGAUGUCGGAGGGGUGUGAUAUCGGGCUUAAAUGUGUAUUGCGUAAAAUAGAAUAGCUACCCUGGAAAUGACCCAAAAGCCUUGUUAACCCUGUAGCAGCGACGGGCCAAAUUUGUGGCUUUACCGUGUACUACCAGCGCCGGGCCAAAUUUUUGCCAGGACAUAAACCCCCAAAAAACAGAUGAUGCAUUAACUGAUGACAAAUGCGUUGAUAUAUAUAAUGAAAUGAUUUGCGUGAGUGAUGAUUUUUUUCUCAUUUUUCUCGCUUAGAGGGACCUUUAAGAAACAUGAUCCCCGCAGCUACUGGGUUAAAUAUGUGUGAGAAUCUGGGUCCUGUAUUCUUUUUUUUUUU